UCAUUUAUCAAACAUGUAUUCACAUAAUGAAAUUGAAAUUAAACACCCAAUUCAAUUGUUAAAAAACUUAUCACCGGAUUUUUCAAUAAAACAAAAAUGUAAAACAUACAACAAAUUUAUGAGUUCAACUAAUCAAAAUGAAUUAAUUAAUAGUCCGAAAUGUAUUAGUAAUGAUAGUAGCAGCAAUGUCAAUAAUAGACAGUCAUAUUCACAAUCUACAAUCGAUAAAACACAGUUUAUAAUGAAAGAAAAUCAUAGGAAUACAACAUUAUUUCACAAUACAUAUGAUCAUCAUUCUAUUUCUAAUAUAUCUAAUUUAGUUAAAAAUAAUGUAAACAACCUUUCAUAUACUGAUAUAAUGUCCUAUGAAAGUUAUUCACAAGAUCAAUUAAAUAUUAUUCCUAUCAAUGAUCAAAUUGAUGUACAAAUUUCAUUGAAUAAUUUUAAUAAAAAAUAUCAUUCUUUACAAAAUUUAAUACCAACAACUAAACAAAUUCAUAUAGAAAAUUCAACAUAUUCAUUAUCUAAAUUAAAUUAUUCUUCAUUGACUACAAUUCCAUUACAAAUAAAUAUUCAUAGCUUAAAACAAAUGUAUCAAUCUCAGUCAACAUAUGUUAUUGUUUGUGAAUAUCCAGUUAAUUUAUCUAUACGUUAUAUGGGUAAUAAUCAAAUACCAAAUAUUAAUUUUAUUGAAUUAAAUUAUUUAUGGCAUCAUAUUGGAUGGGGUUAUUUAAUUGCUAUAGCUAAUAGAAAUAAUGAAUUAUUUAAUUCAUUUGAAUCCAUUACAUUAAUUUUAUGUCAACCAAUUACAUUUAAACAAUUAUGGAUUGGUUAUAUAGUAUUACCGGAUAUAUUAAAUCAUUUAAAUAAAAUUAAUACAUCAUUAAUAAAUUCUGAUCUUAUUCAAUAUUAUAUUAAACAAAUUCAUAAAAAUUUUAAUGAUCCAUUGUUUCAUACACAUUGUAUUGUGAUAAAAUUAAAUAAAAAUAUUUAUAAUCCAUUACAAAUGAAACAGAAACAAUUCAAAUCUUAUUCAAUAAUAAAAUCAAUUUUUCAUAAAUUUUUUAAUAAAUUUUCUAAAAAUAAAAAAAAUUUAUAUAAAAAACAAUUUACUAGUGAUAAUAAUAUAUUAAUUUAUAAUAAACAAAAUUUUGAAUAUUGUAUAUGUAAAAUUGAAUCAAUGGAAUCAGGAAUUAAUCAUAAAAUUCAUCAACAAUCUAUGAAAUUUUUUUCAGAAUUAGAUAAAUUAAUUAGUAAUUCAAUAGUAUUCCAUUUUCAACCGGAAUCAGAGAAACAGAUAGCAAUCGAAAGGCAAAGACAUAAAUACAAACUGGAACUAUUAACAUUACAGUCUGAUACGAAUUCAUCAGAAUGUCUUAGAAAUCAAAUAUCUUUUCCCUGUUUAUUUCGACAUAUUUAUUCACUUAGUAGAGAUGAUUUACAAACAAUGAGAACAAUCUAUGGAUUUGAAGUUUAA